AUGGCAGGGGUCCGCGCUCUCGAUGAGGGAGGCGAUAUCACUCCGCCGCUCAUGCGGUAUUCGGUUGUGCUCAUGGAAUCGCUCUUGGCUCUCUGCCUUGACGAGGACAUUAGCGUUCGCCGGCGAGCCGUUAAGGUUCUCUGCAGAUUGUGCCGGGUGGAGCAAGCUAUACUAUCGAUCUGCGGGUUGACUGGUCUAGCCGUGAGCUACAUGAGUCAGAUCGUCCUUUCUUCCUCGCGAAGGCCCUUUUCUCGCGAAGCAGUCCCGCAUGUCGCCGAGCUUCUGGCGUCGCUGUGCGUGUGCGCGCGUUCGCUUCUUGCGGCUUUCAUCCGCCCUGCCGUGGAGUUGGUCGUUGCCCGCCUCAAAGAAGCCGUCAUGGACGACCAGGGAUGCGACAAGGAGGGGAGGUGCCGCGUGCGCGUCAGGCCGCCGUCCGCCCGCGCGCUGCUGUGUGGCGCUGUUGACUGCAAUAUUCCCUUACCGUGGAUAGUUCAGCCUACAGGUGACGGCAGCGUGCCUGUGGCACCCGCAGACAGCCACGAACCGGCUGAGACGACCCGCGGGGGACCGGGCGACAUUCCAGACGUCGUCGAUGCGCUGAGAUUCCACAGCUCCGACAAGGGCGGGGCGUCGGGAGCGCCUCUCGUCGACGAACUCAGUGCGCGGGGAGAAGACGAAGACGACUGGGGGCUGAAGGAUCUCGCCAGAGAGGCGACCGGAGACAGAACCGGCUUCGACUGCCCUCCCUGCAGUGCCGACAGUAGCUCCUGCAGUUGCUCGAUGGAACGCUCUCUGGCGACUUACCGCGGAGACUCUUCCGCGUCAGAGCAGCUGCCGCAGGAGUGUGAAGAGGGCUGCCGAAGGAACGCCGACUGCGCGUGCUGCUGCGUAGGGCCGAACAGCGGGAAACGCGGGCAUGUGCAGGUUCUCCUUGAAGCGCUGGAGAAGUUGUGCUCCGUAGCCGACAAACAGCUGCUUCACGAAAUCUCAGAACAGGUGCUGCCGGUGUUGCUCGUAGUGCUCGUGAGACCGCUCGACGACGGCCAGUGCGUGGCAGCGGUUUCUCUUCUCGUAGCCUUGAUUCGGCGUACUGGGCAUUGCAACCUCGCCCCUGAGCACCUUCGCAUUCUCCUCCGUUGCUUCAUGAAGGUAUUGGAGCCCCUUUUGUGCCAGAAAGACCGCAAACUGAAACUCGAAGUAAUGCGAGCGGUCGGCACGCUGGGCGCCAUCGCGCCUGAGGUGUUUCAAUCGAUACGUGUCUCUGCGUCACCUCACCUCACUCCGUACGGCCAGAGUGCCACGGACGCUGCUGGAAGACUUCGGACGGUGACAGAGCUCUCUGGACUGAGUCCCUUGGAUGACACGGGGAGGGGAGUCGGCAACACCUGUCUGCCGCAGGCAGAGCGAAGGCACACUGACUCGCACAUUGAGGAGCUGAAGUGGAGCGGCCUUGCGCACAGAGACGUGCACGAGGCAGGAGAAGACAGAGAAGACGUCUUCUGGCUGAGCCGCCACUGCCUGUCAGUGCUCAUGAAUGUCAUCGACAUCCCGGGCCUCUCCCACGUUCAUUUCGUGGCCUUCGUUUCCAUGGCGCGCAUCGUGCGUUUCUCCCUCGGGUCCUCGAACGUGGCGACCGACUGUCGUGCCAGUUCGAGUCCCACGGAGAGCCUGCGACACGGACGACUGCGCGACACCGUCUCCAGCGAUGUCAUGCCAGCUCGGGGCUCCGUCCGCAACGGCUCGAGUUGCGUCGAGGCUCUUGGCGUAGACAUGAGUGACGAGGCGACUGUCUCUGAAGCAGUGGCGGCGGUGCGUCCUCAGUUUCUUCGGACUGCGUCGUCCCUAUUGACUGCGUCGGGUUCGAGUCGCGAGCACCGCCUGGCAAUUCUGGCGACGCUUGGACAGCUCUCCUCCCUUUUCAAACACACCCCUGGGCCUGAGUCGCUCGGCUUCCUGGACGUCAUCUUUUGCCUAAUGGACCGCUGUCUGGCUGAACUCAGAGAGGAGUGUCGCCACCAUCCCCACGUUCGCUUCAGGAGGCCAGCAGGCUCUGCCCAGCACUCCCUUCAUCCGGGUGCAUCGGCGCCGGAAAAGUCUGCGAAACGCGGCCGAAGCAGAACUCCCACCAAUGAGACGCGGCCGAGAUAUUCGCAUGCUUGCCAAGGGGCGACAGCGGCAGGCGGCGCGGCCGCGGGUCAUUCUGCACAUGCAGCAAAAACAGUGCUGGAGCCAACUCGUAUCGUGGUCAGCCCGCCUGCAGUGAGCCAGGGGCCAGCGAGCGAUCAGACGCAGGUCAAUCCAGGCGCUGUGAAGGCGCUUCCUCGGUUCUCCGCUGCACUGCCUGACUGGUCGACUCCCGAUGCGCCGACAGCCCUCUCCACACGUGCCUGGAAUCCGGGGGACGACCCAGCCCAGAACACGACUCCCGGCGAGUAUCGAGGCCGCUGGAGUAUGCCAAGAAGGAUCUGCGGUCUUUUGUCGAGCACCAGCACGGAUUCUACGCCGACCCCCUUCCCCGACAUGGACGGACAAGGUAUCACAGACACCGCGUCGGCGGAGGCGGAGGCGGAGCCACCGACUGCUUCCGUCGACGACCUAAAUGACUUCGGGGCAAUCAACGAUGCGUGGUGGCCUUCCGAGACGACCAGCGAAGUUGAAAAAGAGGUCUGGGUCCUGCUGCCUCUUCUGGAGAUUCUGCUGGCGAAGCUCCCUGGGCGCAUUACUGACUACAGCGGCAGGGCAGCAUGGCAAAUCCAGGAGCUCGUGCAUACUCGACGGUGCUGCUCCAAUACAGCACUGGCGGAACGGGCGUUGCAGACUCUGCGACGCUGCGGCUUGAUCCUGCGACCCACAGUCGGACAUCAGGUCAUGUUCUUGGCGCAGCUCUGUACCGUGCCGUCGAUAUCACCCUCGUCGUUUGUGGUGACCAGCGAGGCUGCAGAAGCGUCGCUGCGAAUGCGAGGUCCCCGUGACGACAAGGAAGCUACUCGGAGGCGCGUGGAUCGCCAAAUCCUCUCUGAACCUAGUGGAGACGCCAGCACAACCUAUUCCAGCUGCAAAUGCUGCUGCUGUUCAGCCGCACCUCUGGGACUCCGACUGGCUCUUCUCAAAACGAUCGACUCGCUCUUGUCUCACUGCGAGUUCCCGCUGCUCCUGGGUGGAAUCAUGGCUCGUCUAGUCGGUACGCUGAACUGCGACGACAAGGAGGGAGCCCCGAUCGAGCUCAGACGACAGGUCCUCUCUAUCAUUGAGACAGUUCGGCACCUCUUCCCAAAAGAAGCUGGCGUUUACGUCCGCCAGAUGCAAAAGGCCGUUGUCGACUCCGGAAAGCCCUACCUGCCCGACGGCAGCUACACGGUUAAACGCAGAUCCAGCCCCGUGUGCCCCCUGCCUUCCGCGAGUACCCACCCCGACGGAGGGCCGCUGGUGGAAACUGCUGAGGAGGCCGCGGCUGGGGGUCUUUCUGAUCAGAUGGUCGCGACCAGAAGCACGAAAACUGACUCGUCUGCUUUGCCCGCGCCGCGAACGAGCCAACUCGAGGCACUCGAUAGGACAGCUUCGCCAACGGCCAGGCAGCCGGGAGACCAGAGGGAAGCUUCUUCUGAGCUCGCUGUGGCGCCUUGCACCUCGCGCUGGUCAUGGGUCAGCAGAUAUCAGAGUUCAGUGGCGCAGCCGGCGGACGUCAGUGAGCGAGAAGCUCGAAGGAACCAGACUCUGCAGCAGCAGCGGGUCCCCGCUCGUGAACAGACUGGCGCUCGAGGCCCAGAGGGAGGCGCGCAGACAAAGGACGAGGCGCAGGACAGACCGCAGCGAAGUGCCUCUUGGCCCGUGAGGAUCUUGUCCGAAACAAACUUCUCCACGGACCAAGAAGGCCGGAUGGAAAGACGCGCCAGUCGCGGCGGGGAAGGAAUCGACCCCUCUGACUGGGAAACGCGCACUGGGGGACUCUCGGAAGAAGAAAAGGACGGAGCACAGUGCGGAGACGAGAAAAACACGAGCGACAGGAGUGCGGCCUGGAGCACGAGACAUCAGAGUGGACAGGCCAAAGCAGCCGGGGACGAGGUUCCUCAUCCUGACACUUCGGAAACUGCCCACGAGCUCUGGUCGAACUGCGACUUCACAACUAAGGCUGAAAUGCGCUGCUGGUUCCGGAAGGUCUCCCUGGCGAUGCUGAAGGAAUGCCGCGCUCCCGCGGUACGGGCAUGCUUGCCAGUUGCACUUCAGGACCCGUCUGUUGCCGCAGCUCUACUGCCUGCAGUCUUCCUCACGCACUGGGCUUCGUGCUGCAGACAAGGCGAUCUCCAACAGAUGCAUCAAGUCGGGCGGGGCCUACGACGCCUCCUGGUGUGCCCAGAGGUGUCGCUGUCUUCUCUGCGGCAAAUGCUGAAUCUUGUGGAGAUGAUUGAGCGACAGCGCUGGCCUCUCCCCGUGGACACGCAGCUGCUUGCUGCGGUAGCUGAGAAAUGCCAGGCGAACGCGAAAGCCAUUCGGUACCGUGAAGAGCUUUGGCUGGCGGAUCCAGGCGGGUCUGUGGAGGCUCUGAUUCGACUCAGCAACGAGAUGCAGCAGCUGGAAGCGGCUCGCGGCAUCUUGGCGCACUCACAAAAGAAGCUGCGGCUCCCGGUGAAGGAGUGCUGGUAUGUGCAACUCGGCGAGUGGGAACAAGCCCUGGAGGCGUAUGAGCAGCGCGAGCGCGAGGAUCCGAGCAACGCGGAAUGGCUCAAAGGCAAAAUGCGGUGCCUUCGAGCGCUAGGCGAGUGGGAACGCCUGGCGUUUUUGGCUGCAGACAUGUGGAAAGACGACUUCUUCGAUUCUUCACCGAUGGACUUUGCCCGCUCCUACCCGCUACGACACGGCUCCGACAUGCCUUCUUUGCAGUUGCCCUCUGCCUCCGCUUCGCCUCGAUCAUCUAUUUUCUCGGCCUCGUCUCAAAGCAUGCCUUCGCCUGCCAUGACAUGUAGCUCCAUCAUCUCCGCCUUCCAGGCGCCGCCUUCUGGUGGACUGUAUCCUUUCCACCGGCCUUCGUCGGAAUUCGCAUUCCGCCCCCUUCCGAGUUUACUUAGCCUCUCUUCGCCUGCGGUGGCGACGUAUUCGCCGCUGUGUCCUCUCCACACACAACAAGAAGGCGAGAAAGAUGACACCCAGGCUCAGGACAGGCGCGUCCAAGUCAUGGAGAGACGUCGCGAGACAGCGAGCCUUGCAGCCUCUGUCGCGUUCCAUUUCCGCGACUGGGCGGCGCUCGAGCGAUACGUUCAGUGGUUCCCGAAUCCGGAUUCUUACGAACGCGCAUUCUACAUGGCAAUCCUCGGCUUCGAGCGUGGCGAGUUCCAGGAGGCACUGGAGUACAUUCAACGCGCACGCCAGUUGCUUGACCCGGAGCUGACGGCGUUGCUGGGAGAAUCGUACAAGCGAGCCUACCCUGCCUUGGUGACCCUCCAGCAGCUCGCGGAGCUCGAAGAAAUCGUGGAGCUUCUGCAGCGCGAAAGGAGGCGCCGAGAGGAAGGGCAACACGACCCGAGUUCCAACUACACCAGCGGAAGUGUGAGCGACGCAGCCAUCGGACAUAAGAGCGGCUUAGAGGCUUGGAAGCGGUUCCGCGGGCCGUGCCCCGUCUGCAGGGGGAUGUCGCCCUGCGAGUGCCGCUGCGGACAAGAGGAUUUGGGCUCGGGAGACGGCGGACAGAAGAGCUAUCCAGGAGGCGACAACGAGGGCGUGGAGGACGAGCGCGUGGGCUCGGAACAGCUGCGCCACCUGUGGCGUACGCGCCUCGCGACCUGCGAGUCGGACGCGGAGACAUGGCAGAAGCUCCUUAGAGUUCGCUCCCUCAUUGUUCCACCCCACGAAGACGCAACUACGUGGCUGCGGUUCUCUUCUCUUUGCCGGCACCAGAAUCGGGCGCGGCUGUCAGUGGAGAUCAUUCAGUCCCUCAGAGAUCACCCACAUUCGUGUCACGACCCACGCGUGGCGCUGGAAGCCUUCAAAGUCCUUCAUGCAGUUGGGCGGAAAAUGGAGGCGCAGCUGCUUCUGACGAGUUUCUGCUGCCAGUUUAUUACGACCUACUUCAACGACGUGCCUGAACAAUUGCUCUGCGCACACGGCUCGGAUGUGCCUCUCUGUGUGAGGGCGCUUGGCCUGCUGGAGUUCCACGCUGUGCCGCAGAAGGCUCGCGGGCUCCGCGCCGCAGGGCUGCAGUCGCUUCCUGGGUUCUCGUUAGCCUCUACGGGUCACACUAUGUCCCUUCCCCCCCUUACGCCCCGGAGUGACAAGACUAGGCUGCGGAUGAGCCGGAGGCACUCGCUCGAGACGGGCACCCUGCGGGUUGCGCGGCAUCGGGAAGUAUAUAGGAACUUUCUGGCGGAUGUGAAAGCAACGGUGUGCGGAUAUGAGAGUCUGGGGGAUCUUCUGCCCCCCGAAUUAGUCGUGACGAAACUCAUGGAAGAGCUACAUGACAGGACGGCGCCUGGUCAAGGGGCGACGACCCCGCGGAGUCCGAGCAAGGGGGCGUUCAAAGCUUUCUCACGACAACCCGACAUUGAUCCAGUCUGGGAGAGACUCAAACGCGGAGAACGGCGGUUGAGGCGGCCGGCGGAGGACGCGCCAGUCAUCUGCAUAGGAGAAGCGAUAAGAGACUCCAGACCCGAUAUCCUCGGAGACGGCAGCUGGCACUUGUGCUUGCACCUGUGCAGCCAAGCAGUCCACGGCGGCCUCCGCCAGUGGAAUUUGGGGUCCGCUGCCGGGCUGACCAAAGAAGAGGGCCUCCGGCUCCUCUCAUUCAGCCAUUUGAAGCUGGCUCAGUGGAUCAAAGAUACCUACAACUCGGGAUUAGGCACCCCGCUCCUGCUACACGACGUUCAGAUGCACGCUCCGCGGAAGAACCCGCGUCUGCUAGGCCGCGUGCCAGACAGGUCGCCUUUCUUCGUCUCGGUGGACGGCGCGUCUUCUAACAACGCGCUGCCUCUGCACCACGGCCCUGCUCACGUCCACAGCGCAUGGGCCUGCAACGCGGAUGCACUCUUUCAGAUCCUCCAGUGGCAGCGCCGAGCAGUGCUGCUGCAGAGCCGGAACUCGAAGGCCUGGUCUGCGUGGGCAGUGACAAACUUCCAAGUGGCAGAGGCACUGAAGAAUGUACCGAGCUCCUACCUGCUUCCGCCUGCCCGCGGCAACUCGUCCCCCGCCGACAGCCCUUCCCUGGGAGGCGCAAGGGGCGCCAGCCGGUCUGGGCGGACCCCGACCGACGCCGUCCUGGCGACAGAGCCUCGCAGUGGCGGCGGAGGUUCUGCAUGGCAGGGAUGCCCAAGAGGCGAUCUCGGAGACUACGACCGUGACAUGUGCGGGCAAGAUUGUUCGCCAGGUGGCUUCGACGAGAACGGCCGCCGCCGAUUCUCCCGCGCCCAGACCAUGAGCCACUACGGAGACAGCGCCGUGCUGCUGCAGCAGCCGCCCCUGCUUCCUCAUGCUUUAAGGGACCUGUACCACGAGUGGGAGCUUUUUGCUCCAGACGCUCCCUCGGAGGACAGCGGAAGCAUAGUCGACACCGAACCGGACGUGGCCUGCACUGCGUCUAGCCAGGCAGCGGCGCACGAGGACGCAGGUCAACGCAACGGAGCUGACGGGCAGGCGGACGGCUGUGGCGGAGAACGGGUGCUCCCGCAGGGGCAAGGACACGAAGCGGACCCGCACGAGACAGGAGGGGUGCAGCAGAUACCUCAAUGCAGUAUGGACAGCGAUUCGUGCAGACCAUCGCGGCACGAGGCGGAGCCACUGGAGGAGAAAGCAGAAAUACAGAUCUUGGUCAGCAUGCUCCCACACUUUAUUGUAGAAGCUGUUCGCGCCUUUCUACGGUCUAUCGAGCUUCAACCCGUUGCAACGAGCCUCCAGGACAUCUUGAGACUUCUUAAGCUCUGGUUCGCGCAUGCGGACAUACCCGUCAUGUGCCCGCUGGUGCAGCAAGGCGUCAGCACUGUCCCGUUAGCUACAUGGCUGGAUGUCAUUCCACAGCUCGUCGGACGCCUCAGCGCGCCCGACUCCUGCCUACGAGGAUCGCUAGUCACCCUUCUGAGCAAAGCAGCUACCGAGUUUCCCCAAGAGCUGAUUCUCCCGGUCGCGGUGGCGAGCAAGAGCACGACGCCCCACCUCUCGUCGUCCGCAUGCGUCCUGCUCAACAUCAUGGCGCGAGAUCACCGCGAGCUCGUCCAGCAGGCACUGCUUGUCAGCCAAGAAGUCGUGCGUGUCUCGGCUCUCUGGGAGGAACGCUGGCUCCGGUGUCUGGAGCAGGCGAGCGAGGCUCAUCACACUCGAAAUGACUACCAGAAAGCUGUCGACAUCCUCGAGCCUAUGCACCAGGAACUGAGCAGAGGCCCACAGACUUUCAGGGAAACCCUCUUCCUUCAGAAGUACGGCCGCGAGCUGGAGAACGCUCGUGCGUAUCUAGAACGGUUCCGGCGAAGUGGAAAUCCGCACGACGUUGACCAGUGCUGGAUGUUCUACUUGCCAGUUUUCUCCCGACUUCUCAAAGACUCUCAGAACCUGAAACGCCUUGACCUCAAGGAAAUCUCUGCCGCACUCGCGGAAGUGAAAGAUCUUCAGCUUGCCGUUCCAGGCACAACGGGGGCAGGCCGAAAAUAUCCGCUGAUUCGAUCUUUCUUGGGCGAGGUGUCGGUCUUUACGUCGAAACAGCGCCCGCGCAAAAUCGGCAUUGUGGGGAGCGAUGGUCGUGUCUGGCGUUUCCUUCUCAAGGGGCAGGACGACCUGACGCAGGACGAACGCAUCAUGCAGGCUCUGUGCCUAAUCAACCACCUGAUGGAGAGCAACGCGCACGUGCGCCGGAAGGAACUGUCGAUUCCUCUUUACUGCGUUGUGCCGCUGUCGCCGAGCGCCGGUCUGAUUGGCUGGCUUCACAAUUCGGAGACCCUGCUCAACUUGAUCAAGGCCUUCCGCCAGCAAGACGGUAUUCCAGUGAACCACGAGCAGCUGGUGCUGAAGUCCUUCUACCAAAAAUACGAUUCGCUGACGCUGCUUCAAAAGGUGGACCUCUUUGAGCAGACGUCUGCUGAGACGAGUGCUCAGGCCCUGCGGCGAAUUCUUUGGUUGCAGGCGCGAAACAGUGAAGAGUGGCUGGUUCACCGAACCAACUUUUGCAAGAGCAUCGCCGUCAUAUCGAUGGUCGGCUAUGUCCUCGGACUUGGAGACCGCCAUCCUUCCAAUCUGCUGCUGAUGAGCGAGUCAGGGCGCGUGGCUCAUAUUGACUUCAGUGACUGCUUCGAGGUCGCCACGUACAGACUCCGAUACCCCGAAAAGGUCCCAUUCAGGUUGACGCGCAUGAUUGUCUGUGCCCUGGAAAGCGGCACAGUGGAGGGGACCUUUCGAGCGACGUGUGAGCAAGUGAUGACUCUUUUGAGGCUGAAUCGAGAUGCGAUUGUUGCGAUGCUUGAGGCUGCUUUCGUCGAUGAUGAGUCAACUGGUCGGCGCUUGUAUCACGUCUUCGGGAAGCAACACAACCCAAGAAAUUCCCCCAGAACCGCGGGGCCGAGUCCCGCGGGGUCCGACCCGUGUUGGGCAGGCAGCAGAGCGAGACGCAUCUACGGCGAGGGUGCGAGCAGAGGGAAAGAUCCAUCACGCAAGACUGAAAGCCCGCGAGACUUCGACGCCCAAGGGGAGCCGUGGGACCGACAGGCAGCGAGCGACAGUGACGGGGACCUGGACGCGAACCCUUCGGGCGUCUCGACAUCCAGGCGCGAAAAAUCAGGGAACGAUCUUGCAUCGAGGUUCCGUCGCCGAAGUCUGCAGCAGUUAGAGCGCCCCGUCAGCCGCAGCCGGCGAGGAAGCAUGGACCGGCUCGGGUAUCAGGCGACUUCUCCCAGGCGGAGUGACGAGGCUGCCCGAGCGUCAAGCGUGGAGGAGACCAAUCUUCUCAAAUCCUAUGCGAAGCGCGCGAUCGCUCGCGUUGACGCCAAGCUUACUGGCUACGACUUUGACGGCUAUUUGGAUAUCCCAGCUCAGGUUGACAGACUUAUCGAGGAAGCGAACGGCGUCGAGAACCUGUGCGUCGCCUACGCCGGUUGGUGUCCAUUUUGGUAA